AUGUCUGAAGAAUUGGAGAAUAAAUUUUUAGAUUUAUGUCAUAAAUAUCCAACAGGUCUAACUCAACAAAUGAUUGAGGUUAGUUUAGGACAUAAAAUGGAGGAAAUAGUUAAAGUUAUAAAUAAUCUAAUCAAGCAAGGUAGAUUAAUGCUUAUACAAAACUCUGAUGAAACGACAUCAUAUAAAGAAGUUAAUCCUGAAGAUCAAGCAAAAUUUAGAGGAUUAGGAGUUGAAGAUUUUUUAAUAUAUCAAUUAAUUGAAGCAUCAUCGAAUACAGGUGCAUGGACAAGAGAAUUAAAGAAUAGUUCAGGUUAUCAACAAGUACAAAUUACAAAGAUUUUAAAGACAUUAGAAUCAAGAAAACUUAUUAAAUCAGUGAAAUCAAUUCAAAGUGGUAGAAAAAAAGUAUACAUGUUAUAUAAUAUGGAACCAAGUAGAGAGAUCACAGGUGGUCAAUUGUAUUCGGAUCAAUCGUAUGAUCAUCAAUAUAUUCAAAUCAUGAAAAUGCAUAUUAAAACAUUUGUAGACAAUAAAGGUGCCGUAGAUUUAGCAGAUAUCAUCACUUAUCUUAGAAAAGUUGCUGAAGAGGCAACAAGUCAAAGUUUAGGUCCAGAGGAUAUUCAAGCACUAGUUAACACUGUCAUCUACGAUGGUGAUAUCGAAGAGAUGAGAGAUACUAGAAUGGGUGCAAUGCUUGGUAGAAGAUCUGGUAUCCUCUAUAAACCAACUAAAACACCAAUACCUGUAAAUAAUUUUUGUAAUAUGCCAUGUGGUAAUUGUCCAGUUUUCGAUAUAUGUAGUGAUAAUGGUUUAGUUUCACCCAAACGUUGUGUUUAUUUUAAACAAUAUUUAGAACAAGAUGAUGAAAGUUUAGAUUUUUAA